ACUGAUGACGUGGUCGAUUCAAUCUGUUUCUCUGCUGGUGUUCAUUGUGGCCUGUUUAUUAAAACAGCGCUCCAAGUCAUGUCUAACACCGAGAAGGUUCUCAUCACUGAGACGGAUGGAUCCACAGCGCUCAAGAACGCCACCUUCACAGACCCCUACGAAAAUGCUGUCAGAUACAUGGAGAAACACAACAUAUUACAGAUGUUUCAGGAAAUAGCUGAGAAGCUGGUGUUCGACCGACCAAGAGACCCACUGCAGGCCAUGCUGGAACAGGUUCAAAGGAAGAUCAAGGACCGGGAGGAGUCAAGGAAAUCUGAAUGAAAAGGAGGUUUUGAAAAAUCGAAAUAAAUGAAAACAAUAAGCAA